CCGUUACAAAACGAUGUCGCUGUGUCACCUCACCUUGCUGAGUUCCUGCUCUUAAGUCCAAAGAACAGAUUUCUUUCUAUGUUCCCUCCCAAUGAAUAAGCAGUUGAUUACCCAUUGUUUACGGACCGACCCCAACCCCUCACCUUGACUCUACUGAAAAUGACUGGAUGAAUAUGUGGGCUAUAUGAGUGAAGGGUUUGGGAAAACUUUGUCAAAACCGUGUCACUUGUUGAUGAGAGCAUUCCCUUUGUCUGCAGAAAGUUAGUUUGUAUUAUGUACUGAUUUUCAAUCAUGGAUUACCAUUGGAUGAAUUUAUGCUUUUGUACUUUGGUGCUCCUUUUGUGUGACGUCACUGGACUCGGAUAUCGACGACCUCCUUAUUCAAAAGAAUAUUAUCCACGAAGACGACCGUAUAUAGAUGAAAAUAUAUCUUAUAGCUCGCCACAACGGUCACCUGACUAUGUAUCAUCCCAUCCAGAUUAUUUGUGGCAGCAGUUCUGGGACGCUGUCAACUAUAAUGGCCCUCUUGAGGAAGUUUUCCAACAGAUCCAGCCAAGUAACAUUUAUCAAGAUGAGUAUCUUCGGCCGGAGUUCUUCUUUUCCAGAAGAUUGCCAGUUGUUCCCUCUAGAAAUACCAAAGAUGAACACGAAGAUGAAUAUAAUAGAUACAGAGAAUACUUCUAUCGUAGAUAUGGCACAAACUUCGUUGAUUAAACGAUUGUUUAUUUCCUCAGACUACGUAAUGCACAGUAAAUAUUUUACGAUACUAAUCAUAAACUCUUUUCGCCUAUGCAAGGUACUAUUCUCGUUAGCUGAAAUAUUUUGCUGCUGUAUUAUAAUCAUUUCAUUGUAGCAUGGAGCUUAUAUACCUUGUUGCCGUAGAAAGAUUUUCCCAUUGCGCAAACCCUUUGUAUAGAGCUGCCAUAGAGAAAUUAUUACAUUCAACUGACUACUCACAACUAUAUUACAGAACUCUUCUUCAAAGAUAGCAUACGUGAAAUGUAUGAAUAAGAUAAGACGAAAUGUGCAUAAGAAGAUUUUUAAUAAAUACAUUUUUUAACCAAAA